ACCAUAUUUCUGGAAAUGGUAGAACUCUGCAUCAACAGCAGUUACUUCCGUUUCAGAGAUAAGAUCUAUCAGCAGACGUUUGGGACUGCAAUGGGUAGCCCCCUCUCCCCCAUACUAGCAGAUUACGUUAUGGAAGAUCUACUAGAAUCCGUCACUAAAAAGCUGAAUUUUUCGAUCCGGGUUCUGAAGAAAUACGUGGACGAUCUCUUUCUGAUUCUACCGAGAUCAGAAGUGCAACGAACGUUGGACGCAUUCAACGAGUACAAUCCACACAUCCAAUUCACCAUCGAAAUGGAAAAGGAUGGCAAACUCCCUUUCCUAGACACACUAACGAUCCGCUCCGAUAAUCAAUCCGUAAAAACACAAUGGUAUUCAAAACCCAUCUCAUCCGGCAGACUCCUCAAUUACUACUCCUUCCACCCGAUGUCAAUGAAGAUGAAUGUUGCAGCCAAUUUCAUUGAACGUGUUAUGCGACUCACCACUGACGGCUCCACCGAACAACAGAAACAAAAAAUAUUCCACAUCCUACGCCUAAACAAUUAUCCGUCAUCACUCAUUAACCGCUUGAUCAACCGCAUCCCCAUCAACCGCAUCCACAACACCGCUCAUCAAGCCGCUCAUCCAACCGUCUCACCGAAUGCCAAUGACGAAGUGAAUUCCGAUUAUGCACCGCUCACUCAACAACAAACGUCGAUCCUGCCACCCACAUCUGUUCCACCAAACUCGCCACCCCCUCGCCAAAACUCCACCGCCACCGCCUCACCACCGCUACCAUGCUCGUCAACGACAACAUCAGCUCCAAACAUCCUCAUAAACGACAUUCCAGCACAUCACCAAGCGACUACCACUCCAGUAGCAGAAGAUCAUCAUCAAACCAAUCCGGUCACCUACAGAUCGAUGCCGCACAUCCCCAUGCUCACUAGGACCAUCUCGAACAUCCUGAAAAAAGAUUAUAACAACGUAAAAAUAGCCACACGAAACAUAAAAACGACAAAAACGCUGCUCAAACCAGUCAAGGACCCAAUACCCCCACUAGAUCAAAACAACGUGAUCUAUAGCAUUCCAUGCAAUGACUGUAAUAAUGUAUACAUCGGAAUGACCACAAAUCAUCUGAAAAGACGAAUAUGUGGUCACCGAUCAGAUAUAAACAAACUUGUAAACCUGGCAUCGGACAACACACAAGCAAAAACAGCCCUCACCCAACACAUAACCACCGAACAACACACAUUUAACCUAGAUAACACGAAAAUCAUAGAUCGCACUUUCCGAUCAACUGCCCUCCCCAUGUUAGAAAUGUGCCAUAUCCAAAACACUCCCAACACAGUCAACUACCGCACAGAUGUGGAUGGACUGAACACAACCUAUGCCGGUAUACUCCACACUAUAAAAACAAAUCUUUCUCGUAGAAAGCCAAGAAGCAAUAAUGACAGCACUACUACAUACAACUUAGGAUUUGACCAAAACGAACAGUCGACAUAGUCGAAAAGCUUUUAGCUAUCCAUCCCGCCAUCUUCAAACUCACCGUUGGCCAUUGCUCAGUCUAUCGUCCAGUGUAGUGCAUGUCGUUGAUAAUUGCUAUAGUGUCCCAGUGUCCCAAAAUUGAUAAAUUAAUGUGUAAAAUUGUAUACAAGAAGCUCCCCCUCAAAAAUCCGGCAAUACCCAAUGUAACGAGAAACGGUUGACAGCGUAAGAAAAUUAUCUGUUAUAUGUAGUGCGAAUAGUCGUUUUUUAAAAUGUUUCUAUGUUUAUAGUAUCCCCUUGAAAAAGGCCCAAUAAAAGAGCCGAAACGUCGGGCAAAGCAAAACUCACCGUUUUGAAUAGUCCAAGACUGAGAAAGCCAAUUUUUCCGGAAGUAACAAAUUUCCAGUCGCACUCACCCAGCACAAUCCC